AUCGUUUUAACUUCUCGUGUACAUUUGUACAAACAACAGACUCUCCCGGAAUUUUUUGGUUUAGAUAUUGACAUAGACUUUGUAAUUAUUGUUCCUCGUGUUGAUCGAGAAGUGGAGCUGAUUAUUCACGACAUCCCACCCCGCUACAUCCGGCAACCCUGACCUUCGAAACAGCACGUUUUCCAGCGCCACAACUUCAAGCUUCUGCUUCGAUCAUAUUGAAAGGGGCAUCUCAGAAGGAACGUAAAUCUCGUAUUACGGGGUCUUUCAUGCACUGAGCAGACCUGAGAUAGAAGGUUCAAGCCUCGGCACUCCACAAGCCACGAUGUGCAAUCCAUCCGGUCCUCAAUAACAAUCAUGGCGUCCAGCUCCUCUGAAACUAGACAAGACCCAGCCCCCAACGGCAGUCCCGGCUCGAGGAAUGGAAGCACCACACCCGUGAUGAAUGAUAUGGCUACUCUGGAGAAGACCGACACCAUCCUCACGUUUGGAAAGUUCAAACUGAGGGGAAAGACCGAUGAUUUACCUCAAGACUGGUGGUUUGCUAGCACUGCGAUCCCGCUUCUGGCGGCGACGAUAGGACCACUUGCAAAUGUUCUUUCGAUUGCUGCCCUGGUGUCGAAAUGGAGGGUCAAAUUGCCUGAUAAUGGGCAAUUACCGGGAGGCCUGGAUGCAUUGGGAACGAAUAUCCCGGAUCCUAAGUGGGAGAUCAUUUUAAAUGCCAUUUCUCUUGGUUGUGGAUUCUUUGGUAAUUUCUGUUUACUCUUGAAUUUCACACAGAGAAUUCGCUAUAUCAUUGCCUUACCCGCUACGAUUAUUUCCUGGUACUUUGCUACUGGCAUUCUCAUUGCCAUCACGGCCGCUAUGAACCAGUACGUCCCUCCCAUAAGGCCGGGAGAGACAUACUCGCAAGGGUUUUGGCAUGCUAUCAUCGCUGCGGUCUUGUACUUGAUCGGAUCCAUGAUCUUGAUGAUCAACAUGCUUGGCUAUUUUCUUGGUCAUUAUCCUCAGCAUUUCGAACUCGAUGAUGAUCAAAGAACGCUUAUUCUCCAAACGAUGAUGUUCUUCUUCUGGCUAGCGGGUGGCGCAGCCGUGUUCUCGAAAGUCUGUGGAUUCUCCUAUGCGGAUGCACUGUACUUCUGCGAUGUCACGGUUCUCACUGUAGGGUUUGGAGACGUGGUUGCUAACAAUAGUGCUGGUCGAGGUUUGGUAUUUCCGUACUCGGUUAUUGGUAUUAUCUUCCUUGGUCUCAUGAUCAACAGUAUCAGGAAGUUUGCAUCGGGCAUGUCAAAGGACAAUGUGAUCAAAAAGCACACCCUCAAUGAAAGAGCAAGAACUUUCAGCAGGACAGUAACAAGCGAGAAAGAACUGCGAGAACGGCUCGGUCUACCUCCGAAACGAGAAAAUACCGAUUUUCGCCGUCAAACUCGAACCCCAUCAAAUCUCGAACCGAUUCGAAGGGCCUCGUUGGAUCAGUACGGACAUUUUAAUGUCCAGGGUAAGAAUAUCACUUUCAAGGAACACAAGAGCAAGGCACCAGCUCAAGGUGGUGGGCGCGGUGGAGCUGGGAGAAAUCACAGACCCAAACCACCAUUAAGUCGUGACGCCAAAAUACAACAGAGAGCUGCUGGCAAAGAGCCACACAUUAGGCGAGCAAGUCGCCGAGAGAAGUUGAUCAUGUUAAAAGAAGAGAAAGACAGAUUUGAUGCGAUGCGAGACAUUCAAGCACACACGAAUCGAUUCAAGCAGUACUAUGCUCUCGCCUGGUCCGUCUUCGCCUUCGGGAUCUUGUGGUGUCUCGGCGCACUCGGUUUCAUGUAUGCUGAGCGACGGAUCCAGAACCUGUCUUAUUUCGACGCUUUGUAUUUCUGCUAUGUGUCACUCUUGACAAUCGGAUACGGAGACUUCAGUCCUCGUUCCAACGCCGGCAAACCGCUCUUUAUCGUCUGGUCAUUAGUCGCCGUCCCUACAAUGACGAUCCUCGUCUCCGAUAUGGGCAAUACAGUUGUGUCAGCCAUCAACCGCGGGACAUUCACGCUCGCGGACUGGACUGUGAUGCCCAAGGAAGGCGUAUGGCACGAUUUCGUUCUCAAGCAUCCGAAGUUGGAAGAUUGGCUUGAACGUCGAACGAAGAAAAUGGAGGAGAAGAAACGUAUUGAGGAGGGCUUCACCGUUCAGAACCCUGAUGAUGAAGAAGCUGAGACUGGGAACGCGGAAGAAGAUGUCGUUAGAGUUCCUACGCUCGACAAACUCGCUGAAGAGCCUCCGACUGUGACAGAGCAUGACCUAGCGCGCAAACUGGCGAUUGCAAUUAAGAGGACAGCAAACGAUUUACGGUCUGAGACGCCGAAGAAAUAUAGUUAUGAAGAGUGGGUGGAGUUUACCCGGUUGAUUCGAUUCAGUAGCUCGAAGAGGCCAGAGGAUGUGGAUGAGGAGGAGGAAGAGCAGGGGCUCAUCGAGUGGGACUGGAUUGGUGAGGAUAGUCCGAUGUUGGCAGAUGUCAGUGAGAGCGAGUGGAUUCUGGAUAGGUUGUGUGAGAGUUUGAAUAGGUACACGAGGAAGCAGGCGCGAGAUACUAAACGCCACAACCUCGAGCACUCCAAAACAUCCACCAUCCACUCCCCAGAGCAUCUCCAACUCACUAGCGAGUCCAGCCGUAAAAGACAAGCACUAUAUCAUGAUCACCAUAUCGAGUCGUACCCUGCACAUCCUGGACCGAGGACUCCUGGCGCACACUCUCGCCAGUACUCACAUGAGUUGAAGACGCCGGUUUUGAGUAGGGGGCCGAGUGGUGAUGAGGUUUUCAGGAUUGGUCAUGAGAGUGAGCGGGAUGGAGAUGAGGAGCGGGAUGCUGUGGAAGGGAGUAGCAGGGAGAGUGGAAUCACAGCUGUGGUUAGUUGAGAGGAUAGUAAGAACGAGAACUGAGGAGAGAAGAGAAGAGUCUAUUAUACAAAGGUAUAUGAAGCUUGGGUAUGUACAUAGGUCGGUAUUGGUGUUCAUGAGAGGAAAGCAGUGUAUGGGCUUGUAAAUCGGUUGGGAAUUUGGGAUGAUAAGACACAGGUGUUAUGGUAUGGGAUAGGAUAGGCUGGGUCGAACCAUAUGGACAUUAUGAUCUUGGGAACGGUCGGAUCGUAUGGACGUAUGGGUACACUCCUACUGUAUCAAUGUAUGGGUCUCGGCGCUCUGGCUUAGUGGGUAUU